CGGCCCAGAUUCCCCCUCCCGCUUCUUUUAUCUCCACCCCCUCCUCCCAGAUCCUCUCCUCCACACACGCUCGCCGCGCGCCCGCACGCUCGCCGUCGCCGGCCGCCGCCUCGUCGUCGUCGUCGGAGAAGGAGGAGGAGGAGGCCGUCUCUCUGCGUUCUGGCUGCUCGCCUGCGUGGUGGUGAUGAUGGUGGGCAAGAGGGGGAGGGGAGGGAGCAAGAAUAACCCGAUGAGGCGGACGACGAGCAUGACGGAGUUCUCGCCGCCGGACGUGCUGGCGGCGGUGGUGGAGGAGGAGGGUGAGGAUCUCGAGGCCAUGAUGAUGGUGGGCCAGCCCGGCGGCGGCGGCGGAGACGGGGCGCAGGACUGGCUGGCGUCGUUCGGCCGCGAAGGCGGCGGCGGAGGAGGAGGAGGAGGCGCGCCGGGGCAGGACUGGCUGGCGGCGUACCGCGCGCGCGCCGCGCCGGCGAGGGCGGGGCUGAGGCGGAACUCCGCCGACUACUGCUCCGUCGAGACCGCCUCGUUCCUCCGCUCCUGCGGCCUCUGCCGCCGCCGCCUCGGCCCCGGCCGCGACACCUUCAUGUACAAGGGAGAGGCGGCGUUCUGCAGCCUGGAGUGCAGGCAGCAGCACAUGACGCAGGAGGAGUGGCAGGACAAGUGCGGGGUGACGUCCAUGAAGAAGGAGGCGCCGGCGCCGCCCAACGGCCGCCGCCGCUCCAGCAAGACCACCACCAGCGGCGGCACGGUGGCGGCGGCAUGAUCGAUCGAUAGCCACCACAGCCUCUAGCUACCUAGCAAGAACGCCGAGCUCAUCAGCAUCACACACCUAAGUAUACUACAAGCUACAACCACCAUGCACACGGCUCAAUUACGACGACGACGACGACGACGAAGAAAGCAAAGCAAGAAUCGAUUAUUAAUCCACCAUUAUUGUAUGGUUCGAUCGAUCGAUCCAUCGAUCUGCCUUUAGAGAGAUACCAUUAGUUUUGAUCAAUCCAUGUAUGUAUCACCUGAUCAGUACUUGGAUCGAUCGAGAUGUUAAUUAGUUGCAGAGUUCUUGCCGAUCAGUGAUGAUGGGUUGAUAAAUUGAUUAAUUGAUCGAUCAUAUAUAAUGUUGUGGGGAAUCUAUGGCCUCCUGGAACAGAGGAAUUUCAUAUGAA